GGAUGUGGCAUCAGUGAGCCUGAGGCUGCCUGUGGCUGUGAUGUCAAUGUCAUUCUGCCAACAUGGCUGAGAAGGAACACAGCAGCAAUGACACCGUAGUGCAUGUGAUAUUACUCUGUGGGGGAUGGUAUUUAGUGAGUUCCAGUAACAAUGUGGUGGGCAAGACAUUACUCAAUGAAUUCCCGUACCCCAUGACGGUGACGAUGGUGCAGUUGCUCUCCAUCGCUGUGUACAGCAGUCCGACCCUAAGGUGGAUGGGUGUUCGGAAGAGGGCCGAUAUCAGCUGGAAUUAUUAUAAACGUGUGAUAUUUCCCUUGGCCUUCGGCAAGUUCUUCUCCUCCGUCUUCUCCCACAUCAGCAUAUGGAAGGUGCCCGUCUCCUACGCCCAUACAGUAAAAGCAACUAUGCCUUUCUUCACAGUUCUACUUGCAAGGAUCCUUUUUAGUGAAAAACAAACAACUAAGGUUUAUUUUUCAUUAGUCCCUAUCAUCUUGGGAGUUGCUAUUGCGACCAUAACUGAGCUUUCUUUCGAUGUUAUUGGACUCCUUGCUGCGUUGGUAGCUACUUGUGGGUUUUCAUUGCAAAAUAUAUUUUCAAAAAAGGUUUUAAAUGAUACUGGACUUCACCAUUUACGACUUCUUCAUCUACUGGGUUUCCUUGCCCUCAUUAUGUUUACACCUGUGUGGGUAUUUACUGAAGGUUAUGAUAUUUUUAAAGAUGAAACUGUGUUUGUUAGGAGAGAGCCAACUGAUACUGUUUUACUUCUCCUCUUGGAUGGGUUUCUAAACUGGCUUCAGAACUUCGUAGCUUUUACAAUUCUGCAUCAUGUCACGCCACUCACUUAUGCAGUUGCGAGUGCAACAAAGAGGAUCUGCAUUAUAUCCAUAUCACUCUUGUUUUUGCGAAAUCCAAUUACAUUUUCAAAUGUUGUGGGGAUGUUUUUAGCAGUGGUUGGGGUCCUUGGUUAUAACAAAGCCAAAUAUGAUGCCAAUGUGGCCAGGAAGAGGGCAGCAAUGGCACCACUGAGCCAAGUGAUGAGCACCAGGGCUUCUAGCUAUGCUCCUGAAGCCAAUGGAACUGUGCUUCCCAUGUACAACUCUCAGUAUGACAUUAGUCCUCUCCAGCUUCCUCCAUUUCAUCCAGCAUAUGCCUUCAAUCACAUCACCUCAUCCAGAGUUGGUCCAUAUCCUAGGAUACAUGAAGGUGUCAAUGGUAUUUCACAGAACAGUACUACUUACAGUACACAAAAUGGUGUUCUUUCUUCCAAUACUAACAGCAUUACUAGUAAUGGACAUACAACUAGAUCUUAUGGAAGAAUAGAUUCUAUAUGAAAUUUUAAACUGUUUUUAGGAAAAAUGGUCUAUUUUUAUACUGAUUUAUAAUGAAUAGUGAUAUUAGUUUACACGAUAGAAAUUUAGGAACUUCAGCUUGGUGGUUUAUGGGUAGUGUAAUAUUUGCUUCCAGACCUGGGAGAGUCUGUAAUGCAUAAAACUUUUCAAGACCUGUCAUAUACUAUAAUCAAGCCUCAAUAAAGUCAGGCAAGUAGCAAGGUGCGCUCUUAGAAGUUAUAAAAAGAAGUAUUUACUGUUACCUCAAACAGUAAUUGCUUGCUUGAUGGUUUGAUCUCUUUAGGUGGCCAAUGCCUAAAGUUUCAAGGCCAGUAAGUGACACAUAAUGUGGAAAUCCCUUUUCAGUAAAUUAUCUCUCACACAGUUUAGUCCUUUAGUCCUCUGGUCCAGAAUGGUUUUUCUGGGACAAAGUUUACUGUUUUAUUGCCCUUCAGCUUUUAUUAGGUAACCUUGUGCUUAAUUUUUUUUAGAACUUCAUUCAUGCUUUUAGACCUUCCGUAAUACAUUUUUGGCUUUAACAGAUGUUACUUCUAUCUGUGACAAAGUACAAUACAAUUUCAAUUUAAUCAGUAGUUGGCAAUGCCAUAAACACUUAAUAUACUAUAAGGUGUAAAGUUCUUUAUCUAAUUUGAAGUAUAUGAUUUUAUUCUAAGACAAAUACCAAACUUUGGAAGUCGGUCCACCUGGUCAUAGCUGAGAGUUGGUUCUGAUAGUUUAUCAUCUUAUGAAAUAAACCCACUGUGCAUUCUGUGGCCCAUUAAUACUGUAUAAAAUAUUGCAUUACAUUGAAAACAAUUAAUGACAUUGAUUAAGUUUCAUGUAUUCAUGCCUGUGUUUUUCUUUGGUACGAAUAGUUAGAGGUAGGACUGAUUAGUAAAAUUUAAUUAUAAACUUCCACAUUAAUUGAAUAUUGUGUUCUAGGUAAGAGAUAUUAUAUAGUUUUGUCUUUGUCUACUUUUAGUAACAUGUUUGCAAUUUUUGUAACUGAUACAGGAGCAGAUACAUCCAGGGAAAUCUAGCCUCAUAAAGUAAAGAACAACACUAUAUCUUUCGAAGGGUGCAAAGAGAUUCAAUGUAUUUCAACAAUUUUGCAAAAAAAUGAAGUAAUUUUAAUUUUAUCACAGUUGAAUUGUUUUUGAAAUGUACCAUAUUUAAACAUGAUUUUAAACCUUUCUUGCAACCCAUUAAGAAUCAGUAUUAGAGUUGGUAGAACAAUUAGACUUCACAGUGUUAGUAUUUUUAAGAAGUUAUCAGUUGGACCUUACAGUCUUGAAGGUCAAUAAAUUUAACUGAUCUCAGGUAGAAUGAAUAAAUUUAGAAUUUUUGCCGAACUUACACCCUCUUAUGUCUUGGUAAAGCUCUCUGAAGCACUUUUGUCACUGACAAUUAUGAGGGUUAAGUGGGUUUCAGUAACUUGGCACUGACAGAGGCCUGUGUAAGUUUGUAUAUACGUAUAUGCAAAGCAAAGAACUUUUCUGAUCUCUGAUUUUUUAAUGUGUUGAAUUACCCAACUCAGUUUGAUAAUGACCGGUGGUAUCGAAUCUUAAUUUUACCUCAUACUGUGUUGUAUUAUAUCUGUGCUAUUUUUAUGAGAUAGUAUUUGCUCUUUCUCAUGUUUUCAUGUUACAGUGUACAGUUGUGAUUAUUUUUCAUAUAAUUUUAGUAUGUGGCAGUGGUAAUAGUUCUGUAGCAAUAUAAAGGUGUUGUGAUCUUUUAAGAAUAACAGUGAAUAUUCUUUCUGUUAGAAGCCUACAAGUUACUUAUGCUUCGUUAAUUAAAAAAAAUUAGUGUCACAACUGUGUCCAUGUUUAACUUUAAAAAGAUAUUUGGAUAAUGUCAUUCAGAUUUAGACAGUGAAGAUCAUAUUUUUCAUAUUUCUUCUAUGAAGAUCCAAAUUGAAUCGAGUAGUAUAAUGAUUAGUAUAAUGAUAGUACAGCUAGUAUGAAAAGAACUGGAUAACUCUAGAUACUACAGGGCUUCAGCAUGUUUUUGAUUAAUAUCUGUAAGGAAGUGUCAUCUAAGAGUCACAGUUUCUCUACAUCCUUUUUGAUGUUCAGAAACCCUACUAAGUGCAUGAUUGUCAGACUUGCGCAACAUACGUACAACAUUUGAAAUGAUUGCAUUGCAUUGUAGUGCAUUAUUCAUUAUAUACGGAUUGUCUUUUAGUAGUCUACAAGUUAUUCUUACGACAUUUCUCACUUACAGUACCUUGCUGCAUAAACCAUUGCCAUAUGAGUAAAUCUUGGUAUUGUUUUUACAAUUCAUACUUGUCUUUGGCAGUAGAUAUUAUUGAAAGGAUUUUGGUUCUAUAUAGCAUGUAUGUACUAUAUUCAAAUGUUUGUACACUACGGUAACUAUGAUAGCCCACCAUGCAACUGCUGAAAGCAGUCUGCUUAGCAGUUAUUUAUUUUAAUUUAAGUUCAUAUUUAUGGAAUCUUUUUGUUUUAGAGAUUUUUCAUCUGUGAUUGUAUUAUAAGUAAUAAUACAAAGGUUUUGUUUAAUGAUGAACUUCCAUGUUGGCUUCCCUUUUUUAAAAGCUGUUGAUGGUGCAUUAUGAUGGAUAUUUGGUACAAAAUUUUAACUAAUUUAUGUCAGUCCGAAUUAUUUACUGACCUUUUUCUCUUUACUGACACUCUCAUAAUUUGCUGAAAUUGAUUCUUGUUUUGUGUAUCAUCAGUUCUUGUAUUGUGAUUAUUUCUGAUAAGAAACACGAGAAAAGAAAUAGUAUAAGAAAAUUGAAAGUCAUUUUACAUUGUGGUGCUCCAUAACAAAUAACAAAAGAUUUAUAUAGUUGGAUAUAAUGUUAUCAGUGAGAAUACUUUAUCAUACAAUACCCCAAAGAGCACAUUCCACAAAUCCUGUUCGCUUGUUGAACAGCUUCAUUGAACUUUUUCUUCAUUUACAGUUAUAGGAGCUGAAGUUGCUUGAAAUUAAAAAUGUAGUGAUAUUGCAAUUCAGAUUUUUGCCAAAAAUGCCCCAAACAAACCAGAAACUAUGAUUAUAAAAGCUCUUCAUUGGCAUUGUCUUUCCUUGUAAAGAAUACUGCUCUUGUAUUUAGGGUAUUUCAAGUUUGAUUUCCCAUCUGGACAAAACUGCAUCAAAGGUAAUGCACUUAAUUAUUGACAAAGUCAAUAAUCAAGAUUCUGUUGAGCAAGGUUGCUUGGCUGUCUUUUGCAGUUACUGUUUUUGUCAGUGUUCCAUUGAGGUAGAAUAAAAAAAGAAUCAUUCUAACUUUAGGUGGCUUCAUCACACCAGUCAAGGUGCGAAUUCUCAAGUUUGUUGUUAGUAGAUAGCAAUCUUAGUAUAUUUCUUAGUUCAGUCUUAGUAUCUCUUAAUUCAGUGACUGUUACUAUCUCAGUACCACACAGCUAUUGAAUUCUUUGCCCAUUCAGAACUAAGCCCUACUCUUUCUUCUUAUGUUCACUUUUUUUCGUUUAUCCUAAAGCAUUGGAUUGCACAUCCAAUUACCAUUCCUGUUUUAAAAAUCUAUAGCUAAAUCAAUAUGCUUUGUAAAUGUUAUUGAAUCCAGAGGCUUCCAAUGGAGGCAGAAGCAGAGCUGUUUUUAUAAACUUAUAAACAGCUUAAUAAUAGAACAAAUAUAUAUGAAGGUGAAACAGCCAAGACUAAAGGACAUGCAACAGACAUGGCAAAGUCAAAACAACUUUUAUCAUUACAAGCAAAAUGCCAAAGUAAUUAUAGAAGUAGAGAUAAAAGGAUGUAAAAAAACAAAAAUAGGAACAGAGAAAAGCUUGUAAGCUGAAUCAGGAACAGCAGUUGACAGUUUACAAAACAUAAGUAUAAGCUGCGGCUAUUAUUACCGUAUUGAAUAUAUGAAGAGUAUAACUAUUCCAUCAUCUUUAAUAUAUGACAAGGUUUGUGGAAUAAUGACUGGGAGACUGAAACCUACUGUCAUAUACCUAAUGUUGCAGCUUUUUUCUUUCUUUUUAUAAAGAGGACAGCAUUUAAGUAAAUCUUGGCUUCAGUCUUCUUCCCAGCUUUUUCCCUAUUUGGGGUUGCAGUUUUUAAUGAGUCUCUUCCAUCUACCUCUGUCCUGUGUCAUUUCCUCCCGUACUCCCUUCUCCCUCAUAUAAUUUCUAAUCCAAUCUCUCCACCUGGUCUUAGGUCUUCCUCUCCUUCGUGUUCCAUCCACCUCCACCUCUUGGCUUUGGAGUGAUUGGACUAAUUUGACCUAGCGCCUCAGCGGUGUAGUUGGUAUGGUAUUAGCGUUCCACCUCGGUGGUCGCGGGUUCGAUUCUCGGCCAUUCCGUUGAGGAGUGAGAGAUGUGUAUUUCUGGUGAUAGAAGUUCACUCUCGUCCUGGUUCGGAAGUCACGUAAAGCUGUUGGUCCCGUUGCUGAAUAACCACUGGUUCCAUGCAACGUAAAAGCACCAUACAAACAAACAAACAAACAAAACAAACUAAUUUGACCCAUGAGUAUUUAAUGAAUAACCAACAUUUCCCAAUCCCAAAAUACAAAGCAAAACACAGUUAAACAAGUUAUAUAUGGCUGGUUAAUUUUUAACUAGCAACUAGUAUUGUCUUGGAGACAAAUCCCUUAAAGAAACUUCUCAGUUUAUGCAAUUAUAAAUUUGUACAGAUUUUUAAUGUACUAAAUACGAUCUUAAAAUGUAUACGAAGAAUGAACCCUUCAGGCCAGUCUUAUGAGAUUUAAGAAUAUUGGUCUAGUUUAAAAUUUUAGUUUUAAUAAUAACAGUGGUUUACACUGAGGAUGCUCCUCUCCCUGAUAAUUGUCAUCCUGAACCUCUCCUUACAAAAUUUGCAUUUUGCCUUCAUAUUACUAUUAUUAUUUUUUUGGUCUAUCACAGUCAUCCUAUCCAACUGGGUGUUUUUUAUAGUGAGGGGUUCCGGGUUGCAUCCUGCCUCCUUAGGAGUCCAUCACUUUUCUUACUAUGUGUACUGUUUUCAGGAGCACACUCAUCUGCAGGAGUCUUCUUCAGCAUCUAAUUUUUCUGCUUUUGUAUUAUUAUUAUUAUUAUUAUUAUUCAGAAGAUGAACCAUAUUUAUAUGGAACAAGCCUUUAGGAAGUAAGAAGCGAAAGGAAAAUAAAGAAAGAAGACAUCUCACUUACUGAAAAGAAAAGGUUAAUUAAUAAAUUAAUGAAUAGAUAAAAAUGCAUUAAAACACAGGGAGAAUAGGGAUGUUAAGAAGAUUCUGAUGGAUUCCUUUCCUUUGUUUUUUUAAAAAUGUUGCUGGUGUGUUUCCCGAGAUUAGUAGAUUCUGAAGGUUUUCAGGUCGACAUAGUAUCCCUGCUGAUGAGCACAAAGCUUAGUAAUAGUGUCUGUUCCAAAGAGUAGCAUGUCUGUAAACUGCAGAAACUACAAGGCCAAUUUCUAUUCUCCCUGUGAUCACCAAAGAUGCAGAAAGAAUGAUUUUUAAGUCUUAAAAAUACAAGGAAUCUAAAGGAUUGUUAGCAGAUAGUCAAUAUGUUUAUAGGAAGUGACACUUAUGAGAAGUGAAUCUGCCCAUAGUUUCAGUCGUGUCAUGGACAGGAUUAGUGAAUAGUGUUGGUCGGAUAUGAGCUGAACCCCAAUAAAAUUUAAACACUUUUGAGUAGUAGGUCUCAUACAGAUUUUCCACCACAUCCUCCCUUUCAGGUGGUUGGGACUCUGCUGAAUGAAUCUGGAACUUUAACUAUGUAUAGUACUUCUUUUAACUUUUGACUUGCAUCUUACUUUUGAGAAACAUCUGAUAGAAAUGUCAGCAAAUGCCACAUGGAAGUUAGGUAUUUAUGUAAGGCAUCAUAUAUUUAUAACAGUGAUAAAAUCAGUGCAACCUGUUUUAGGUAAUUUGUCCUUCCUUUACUAGAGUACUGUUCUGUGGAGUGGUUGACUUCCUAUGCUAGAGAUUUAAAAAAAUUGAGAAAAAUUUGAGCUACUUCCCUUCAAAACUAGAGCAUGUUUUACUUUGAAGACUUUUUUUUUUUUUUUUUUUUUUUUUUUUGUGUGUAUGAGGGAAAGUGAAUGUACGCAAUCACUUUUACAGAUCAUUUACAUUUUGUUGAAUUGCCACAAAGUCACACUGCUUCUUACCAGAGAUCUCUACUUCUAUAGCAUAAAAUGUGGAACAAUUUUCCUUACAUUGUUAAGAUUGCUGAUGCUUGGAAGUUGUAGACAAUACAUCUUGAAAGUGCCAUGCUCUUAUGCCUUCAUAUUUGGUUACUGAAGCAUUUUUUCUCACUUGCUGAUUUUUAAUGUGUUUACUCAAGUUAUAUGCAUAUAUUUUGUAUUUAUUUAUCUGACGUUUCUUCACUUGGCUUUGUUUUUUCCUUUUCACAUAUGAGCGUCAUGUUACACGAAAGCGGACUUAUCAAGUUAUAUUGACUUGGUGGUUUCAUGAAACUAUUGUAUAAUUGGCUCUUUCAAUUUACAUGAAUUUUAUGAAUGAUAUUGCUUGUUUUUCCCUUUGCUCUGUUAUAAAGGAAUCUAGGCUUCUGGAAGAUUAAUUAGAAAUUUUUUUUAGCUAAUAACAUAAAAACUUUCAUUUGCAGUCAAAUUUAAAGCUGAAACCUGUGUAUCCAUCAGUAAUGCACCAGUCAUUUGCAUAAACCAAGCCUGGUUAUUAUUGAAAUGUUUUUAUAAUGUUUAAACUUGUAGCCAUCAUUGAGCAUGGAGGAGGAUUAAAGUCUUAGUUUUCAUUAUGAUUAUAAAAAUCUUGUCCAUUAUUAUUAUUCUGGUAAUAAUUUUCAGCAGUAAUUUCUCUAAUUCACAUAGCAUGAGGAGUAGAGUUUUAUAAUAAUGCACUUCCAAGGGGACUGGGGUGUCCAUUAACAGGAAGUGUCUGAUGUUAAGAGUUUUUAGGUCUAGAAAGAGGUAGCCAUUCCUGGCACUGGAUACCCGUUUGUAAAAUGUCUUGAAGGCCUAAGUAAACAAUUUAAAGAAUUCAAAUAUAAGAUGAUGUGCUUUAUAUGUGAAGAACAUGAAUUAUAACAAUACAUUUAUAAUUUUAUGUAUGCAACUUACCAAAUAAUUACAUAGCUAUAGUUUCACUAUCCGUUGGCAGCUAGAAUUUGGGAAAUUUGCAGUAGCGUUAUUUUGUUUUGGCUAGGUGGCUGACCCUGCCCACUUUCGGGGUAGUGAGGAACCAACUUGGCACAGAGGUCAGUUGUUUCUGCUGGCUGAUGACUGUAACAGUGAUUGGCAGCAGCAAAGAUUUUGGAUUUGUAGAGCUUCAAAGUUGAUUAUCCUGACAAUUUGGUGAAGUAUUCCUGCUGUUUGGUAGCCGAUUUGGCAUGAAUAGAUAGUACAGGGAAUUAAACUCCAUUUGUUCUAGUUGUUGGGUUUAAGUUUGCUCUUCUCAGUUAACAUAUUGAGAUGAUAAGACAUGGAAGACUUUGACUAGUCAUAUUAAUAAAUUGAGAGAGAGACAAGAAGAGGAAAGCAUCCUCUAGGGCCAGUAGUAAAAAGACUUUAGCUAGUCAGGUUAUUGAAGUUGAUGUCUCUGUCUCUGAUUCUCCAUCUGUUCCACCUAUUCCCAUGUCACAAUCUGUUCAACCUAAUCCUCACCUUGGCUCCCUUGCACCUGGACCCAACCCUGUUGCCAGCCUAGAAUUGCAGGUAGAUAAAAAAAAAAAAAAGUUUCUUUUCUUUGAUGAAAAUUAGGAGCUUCUGUAAGGGUCAUAAUUGAUGAGGUAGGUGACAGUGUAAGUGCAAGUGCAGUGGAGGAGGUAGCUGCUCCACCCACUGAUUCUACUAAGCAAAGGUCCCUGGCAUACUCUCCUAAAACUUGGAGGAGUAAUACUGGUAGCCCAGGGGAGGUCAGUGGGGUCUGCCCACUGGUAGUCACCACCUCAGUCGGUCAAGUUGAAGUAUCUCAAGUCUCGACAGAGCGCGGCUGGAAAGACGUCCCUAAGGAAGUGUCUCAUCUCUCCUUUAGUGCAUCAAGUUCUGAGGAGUCAUCCCCUAGGCACCAAUGGUGCUUUGUGGAUGAGUCUUGUCCUUUGAAAAGACUAGCUCAUAGUGACUCACACUCCUGUGCCUUCCAAGAAGACUCGUGAUCUCCCAUUGGAUCAAAUCCCGGCGUGCAGCUUCUGAAAUACUCCCGAGUGGUUUUCUCAGGGCAACCUUUAGUAGAGGGACUGUCCACCGACUCCUAUGAAUGAACCAGCAAGCAUUUUACUAAAUGCUAGCUCUUUCUCUAUUUUUCUUUUCAUUCUGCAAUAUGAAUUAGAAUCUAGUAUAUCCGUGUAUCCCACCUCCUACAAUGUGGGAUUCAGCUAUGUACAUAAUUACAUGGUAAGUUGCAUACAUAAAAAUGAUAUUUUUGUAAUAAAAUGAGAUUUUAUGUAUACUUACCAAGUAAUUACAUAAUCAAAGCUCCCUAUCAUGGAUGUAAAGGGCAUAAACAACUCUGUGCUGAGUUGGUUCCUUUCUACCCCAAAAGUUGGAGGGCUCAGUCGCCUAGCCAAAACAAAAUAGCGUUGCCGCGAAUUUUCAGAAUUCUAGCUGCCGACGGAUAGUGAAACUAUAGCUAUGUAAUUACGUACUUGGUAAGUAUACAUAAAAAAACCAUAAAUCGCCGAGUUUUGGGUAAUGGCAAUUUUUGCUCAUCAUCAAGCCCAUCGGAAUGGAACGCCAACGAUAAUGAGGGAUUGCCUGUACAUAAACAGAAUUUAAGGAGUAAAGAGAAAGGAUGCAUGUGUAAGCAGCUGUCAGAAAGGAUGCUCUAGAGGUAGAUGUUCUGUAAUGUAGUAAGAUAAUAAGAUAUACAAUGUAAUCUCAGCACAAUCAUUGUAGAUUCACACAGCAAAUAAUGAUCAGAAAGGAUUCUUGAGAAAACCAGAAUGAGAUAUGAGUGAAAGGGCUGCAUGUCUGCUUACCUUAUUUACUUCACUCAACACAUUGCCAUCACUAACAUUGUUUAAUAGCACUCACUGUUGUUCCCUCAUUCAGAUCAGUGUAAGUUAGCAUCUGAACCUGCCCCAGUUUACCUAAUAUAAUGACAUUGGUGAUGAGGGGAGGGCCAUUAUUGUAAGAUUCUACUGUCUUCUGAUGCUCCUUUGAUAAAAGUAAGAAUUGUUUCUCUUUUUCAUGGCUUUUGUUGAGAACUUGGCUAUAGAAAUUGAAAACAUUAGUAAAGGACAAUAUCUAUGGUUCCCUUAUCAGAUUUGAUGAUAAUGGCAAUACCAGCAGAUUUAUGAAUAACGUUGAAGCAUCAUCAUAAUUACCCCUGCAGUAUACAGUUACAUAUGUAGUGCUUCUGAUUAGUUCAUAUGAGAUCGUUUAAUUGUAGGAAUUUCUUUGUUUAAGCUUUCAAAAGGUUUGUGCAAUAUCUCGGUUAUGUUUGUUACCAAAUCUGAAUAUGUAGUACAGUACAGUAUUAUCAUUCACCAAAACAUCCUUGCUGUUAUGCAACUGGAAAGUUUUUAUUUUGUUUCAUAGUAGGUAAGGCUUUUGCUAAUGUUAGUUUAAUGUAUGCCAUUAAAAGGUAACUUAUUUAAAAGGGUGUGAAAUGCAGUUGUGAAUACCAAGCCAUAGUGUCCAUGUUUUUUAUUGUUUUGUGAUUAUUAUUGUACAAUAGUUUUUAAUUGGCUGUGUUUGAGCUUAUUUAAUAAUUAUUUCAAGUCUGUUUCAAGUUUAGAAAGUGUUGUGUUUUUAUUGCAAAGGCAAAUUUUAUUUAGAAUAAGUAUGCAUUGUUUACUAAGUGAUCACAUUAUCAAAAUGACUGAACGAACAAUUAGAUAUUAUUUUGCACGAAUCGUUUUGGAAUCUUCAUUGACAUUUACUGUUAAUUCAGUUUGUCUGUAAUGUGACUCUGAAAAAAUUUUGUUAUUGCAUGUAUGGGAACAGUUGAUAUUUUGGUCAUUAUUUAAGUUGGGCAUGUUGUUUUUUCAAAUUAGUAAUGAAGAUCAUGUUGAGGACUGGAAGUGCUGCGAAGUCUUUUGCAUUCCAGGAUUAUUCCUUGGGUCUUUCUGGUAUUUCUGUCUAUGUCCUUUGUGCAGUAGAAAGUUGGUGGAGUCUACAUUGAUUACCCACAUCUACUGCUGUACAGUAGACCCCCCAGGGUAAAGGCAGUCCCCGGGUUACGACGGGGGUUCCAUUCUUGAGACGCGUCGUAAGCCAAAAAAUCGUCGUAAGCCGGAACAUCGUCAAAAGUCCUAAGAAAACUAUGUAAACUGGAUUCUUAUUGCAUUUUUCAUCAAAAGAGCCUUCAAAUAUUGAUUAUUUUGCAUUUUUGGUGUCACACCUCUUGUGCCAGAUGAGCGUUGUAGGCGUUGUAACCCUGGAAAUAAUUUGUGAUGAAUAUAAUUGAAAAGCGCCUUAACCUCGGAACGUCGUAAGCCGAACCCGUCGUAACCCAGGGACUGCCUGUAUAGGUAGGUACCAGAACCCCCUGCUCUGCGAAUACUUAAAACUCCUCUAAAAGCACUUAGGACUGCCUAUUUUGAUAGUUAAUAGUACACAAUAAAACUAAAAAAUGGUUAUACCUGAUUAUUUUAAUAGUUUUAUCACAAAAAGUGCAUUUAGUCACAAUUAUGAUAUGAAAAUACAGUAAUUUAUUUAUUUUCCCAGUGAAUAAUACCACAAAUAAUUGAUAUAUACGGUCCAUAGAAAAAUCCGCGAAUAGGCGAGUCCGUGAAUUGUGAGUCCGCGAAUAGUGGGGGUCGACUGUAUUCCUUUAACUUUAGAGUUGGAGGGAUUUUAUAAAUAUUGAAGCAUGUGUCAUGGAUAAUACCUCUACUACCAUUACUUGUUGCAGCCCCAGUUAACUACUGACAGCCAGUGAUUUUACUGUCCAUCAACAUACAACUGCCACCCAUUCCCAGUGAUGAUUGAAAAAAGUUAUUAAAAUUAGCAAUAUUUUGGUAAAAGACUUCUAGGAAGAUGCUGAGUGACUAAAUAUCUUGUACUGGAAGAUGAUGCAAUAUGACUAAAUAUCUUAUUCCUCUUAAUAGAGAGUCUUUUCUUCAAAAUGUCUAUUUUGCAUGCUCUACAUAACUAGCAGGUUUGGCCAGCCUGUUUGACAACUCUGGAAUCAACUUCAUAUAUUUAUUGUAUUCAUUGCCAAGGAGCUUGGGAAAUGUUUUUAGACAAAGAAAUUUUCAAUUUCAAGAUUUUCAUGAUUAAUUUUAAUUUGUGGUUGUGAUCCUAGAUUCUCCAGUUUGGGUUUAGCAGAAGUAGCUUGCAUAUCUCUUACAGCUUGUGCUAAGAACAUUCAAAGAAAUACAUCAGUGUUUUAUAUACCUCUGCUGAAUCUCUCUUUAACAGCACCUGCUUAAACUAUGUCAUAAUAAUAAUAAUAAUAUAUCAUCAGAAGACCCUCUUUGAAACAGGUACUCUUGUUGAAUGAAAUUGCUGCAUCAGAUGCAUUUAGUUUGUAUAGGAUCUUCAUAAUUUUCUUAUUGCUGCUUUCUCUCUGCUACUGCAUGGGGUGAAUAAUGCUCCAAUGUUAUUCACAUUCAGUAAGGGGAAUAGUCAAAAUUUAGUGACUAUACAUAUGCCUAUUAUUUAAUAAGAUACUUAAAUAUUUAAUUAUUUUAUUAAAUAAUAGGCAUAUAUACAUUCCCUGAAUCUUGGUUAUUUCCCUCCUGAAGUGAAUAACAUCGGAACAUGACUUGCAGCUCGCCCCAUGUAGUAGCAGAAAGCAAUAUGUACAUAAUUGAAAGACGUUAUACAAAUUAAGUGCAGCUGAGGCAGCAGUUUUUUCAUUCAAUAAUAAUAAUUUCUUCUUCUGGUUUGCCUCUGUAGCUCCAGUGUCUGGUUGCUGGUUAUUGCCAUUGCUGGAUGGGGACUUCUAAGUACCUGACUGUCCUCCAUGCUCAUUGGGCUUUAUACCUGGCUGCUGGACGAAGCUCCUCUGAUGCCAGAGGUUUCAUUUACUUCGUUGUUGUUUAAUUUUCCAUUUCUUUCCAUCAGUGCUGAGUGUUGCUAUUUAACCCAUAGCUGGACCCUACCCUGUCAGGAAUGGGAACUCAUUUACAGCUGAGUAGACCGAGGAAAUUGUGGCAAAGAUCCUUUUCCAAGGAAUCAGCGCUGAGGAGAGAGGUCACCCAUCCAGUGACUGACUAGCACUGAUUGGCAAUACCCUUAAGAGAAGGUGUUUGAGUGGAUAGCUUGCUGCCAUCAGGUUGGCUGCAUAAUGCAUUCCAUGCAGUGGAAGAUUGGCAAGAAGUCCAAUUCAACUGUCAAUGUCAAAGUGCAGGGAUUUUGGUCCCCGCAGUCCCGAAAAGUGAAGAUGUUUCGAGUAUUAAGGUUCCCAUACCUGAUUGGUAGAGACUAGCUGCAGAAUACUUUGGUUCAUUGUUUUCUUUUUUAGUCCUUGGAGCAGUGAUGGAAUUAGGUCUAAUUUGGUUCCUCUCUCCUCUUCAGUAGAGUUGUCUGUUCUUGAAGUGUUCAACAGUCUCCAUCUCUCAUGAACUUUAGUCUCAAGUGACAUGUUUUUAGUACUUAAAGCAUGAUGAAGUAUUUUUCAAGACUAUUCUGAUGUUGGUUAGUCUAUCUAUACCCUUAGACUGUUGUUUACUUGCUUGGUGCGUCCCUGGGGAAGUCUUAUGGCUUUCAGUGUCGUAUUUGCCUUUUGGUAGGGCAGAAAUUGCCCUAAUUCCAUAGUCCCUCAUUAGGAACAGUAGCUCAAAUCUUGUCUCUUUUGUCAGGAGAUUGAGUUUUCUCAAUUCUUACCUCCAAAUCCAAGGAGGAGAUACAGAUAGGAUACUGCUUUGCUGGCCUGCACUUUUCACUAGUACUAUAUGAUGUUAUUCACUCCCAGGGUUUGGAGUUUUUAUUUUUUUCAUUAGUACCAAAUAGCAGUAAAAAGAGUUAUGUAAUGUCCCUUUGUUUUGGCUAUAUCUCUCUUUCUCCUUUGUCCCAGAAUUUCUGACCAAGACCGAAAUUCUUUGGUCUUCAGAGUUUCUUGGUUCCCUCCCUUCGAGAAUGUUUGGUGGAGAUCCAGACUGAAUAUUGCUGUGCCAUGUUUACAACCUAAAUGUUACUUGGAAAGGAUGAAGAACAUUGUACCAUAGUGCGAGUGCCUUUUUAUGAGUAAGGUAUUUUGCAUGGAGGAGGAAUCCAAACACUUUACUACGGCAGGUAAUCUUCAAAGCCAGUGAAGCCCCUGAUAGUGCAGAGGGUUCAUGAGCUCAAACAAAAGGGCAUUGGGCCAUCUCAUUCCUUCUUGAAGAAUUUCUGGUCCAACAGGUAAUGGGGUGGCAAUCUAGUGCUGCCAGACUACCUUCACCUCAUUCUACUUGAGGGAUGUCACCCACAAGUCCCUCUAUACAUAUUCAUGGGGACCUGUGGAGGCAGCUCAAUGAGUAGUGUUACUACCAAGAACCAUCCAGGUAUCCCACGACUCUUUCAAGCACUGUGACCAGAGUUUACCGUUCCUGAGGAGAGUGCCAUUGGAGCAGCACUGUCCCACCCUCUGGGUCAGUGCCAACAGAACAGCAACAGUGCCUUUCUUCUCUACGGUGACACUUUGCUACAUUUGCAAAGGUACUCGGCUUACCAGUAAGUACUACUUCCUUCCUAAGUAUUAAGUCUCCAUAUAUGAAAGGUAUAAUGUUUGUACCCCUGUAGGAACACGUUCCAAAUUUGUAUUAAGUAAUUUAUUUUUCUUAGGUAUACAAAGCAUAACCUUUCAUAUCAGAAGUAACCCACCUCAUCCACCAUGCUACAGUUUUUUUUUACCCUCAGGUUUUAAUUCUGAAUACAAGCUGAAAGUACAGUGGGUAAUAAUGGUUGGGGAGAAUGGGCAUCCCCCCUUCCUCAUCUCUACUGGGGUACCACCCUUGUUUACUCAGUAUUACAUGGCUGGUCCAGUACAUGUGCAGAAGGAUACUCUACAUAUGAAAGGCUACAGUUUGUAUACCAAGGAACAACUCAAAUUACGUUACAAUCUGGCAUAUUGAAAGAAUUUAUAACAGGUAAUAGUUUUCCAUUAGCAUCCAUUCAUUACACUGAAGUGUAUGUGGAAGACUUAUCAUUUUAUUUAAUCAUUUAUUCCAUGAAUAGCAAGACUUUUGAACUGAACUUGAAUUUGUAUAUUAAAAGUUGCUUUAGGUCUUAUAGCUUAUUCAUCCAUAAUCUCUAUAAACAAAGCUUUGUCAUUUCUUUCAGUAUGCAACAAUAAUCCACUCAUUAUUAAAGUGACAUAUAGUAAUACGUACAUUUUCUUAUGAAAAUGGUUUGUAUAAAUGGUUUAAAUAUAUCUCUGUAGAGAUAUAGCUCACAUAUACAAGUCAGGUACCAAUUAAGUUUAGUGAGUUAUCUGAACUAAGUAACUAAUUUAAGCUGUGCUCUUACUAUGUUUAAACAAACUAUGAUGAAAAAUGUAAAGCAUUAAUUAGCCAAAAACUUUCUAUAUAAAUGAGGUUCAUUUGCCUUGGGACAUCACGUACAUUACACAUAUUGCCAGCGUGAAACUAAUAUGAUAUAAAGCUAUGGUACUUAUCAAAGUGAUAAAAUGUCCCAUUUUUUAUAACCAUAUGUAAACAAAAUUGCUCAUAAAAGCACAAAAUACAUCCAUGGUUCUGUAAUCUGCUUUUCUAAAGUUAUAAAUUGUACAUAGGAAUGAUAUGGAACAACAAGAUCACAGAGGUACAUCAGACUUGCACAAAAUUGGAUUAUCUUAAAACUAUUUCUGCAUUUCAGGCUAGAAAAUUUACUAGUAAACAUGAAAGUCUUUUAACAGUUAAUCUUGUGUUUCAGUUAAUCUUCAAUAUCAUUGCAUUUUUUUCAUUAUGGUUCUGUAUACGUAUUACCGCAACCUUUACUGCUGAAUUUUGAGGGUUGAGGGAAGUUUCAUACUUUUUAUCAUGGUUAGUGUGCAUUCCCACUUGGUCUUCUUGCGUCAUGUAAUUAUGGUAGUCUUCUCUCUCUCCAAGUGAUGAAUCUUUUGUUCUAAAUGUACAUGUGACAUCAUCCAUAUGUGAUAAAACUCUUUGUGUCCUUGCGAAGUAAUCAGCAGUAAUUUUAUCUCUCCCCUGCUAUGAUAGAAAUUUAUUUCCAACAAGUGAAGUAAUCAACAGCAAUUUUAUCUCUUCCCUGCUAUGAUAGAAAUUUAUUUCCAACAAUUCUGAGUGACAUUAAACCUUUUCUCCAAAGCUUUGUACUGUACUACCUCUCAUAUCUGUUUCUUGGGAGAACUCUUCAAAUGCCCAAUCCCAUUUUCUUUCAUUAGUGAAGCUUUUUACACAAGAAGUUAUUCAAUGAGAUUUCAUAUUGAUAGUUAGAGCAGAACUUUGCUUUCCAGUUCUGGUGAUGUGCUGUAAUUUAAUUAGUUCAGAGUUUUUUUAUUUUUCCCUCUAACAUAGUCAGUCAUACUUAUAUUUUUGGUGUUUUUGGCCAAUACAGAAUGAACAGCCAUUUUGUGAAAAAGCACAAAAUAAACUAUAUACAGAAUGAGGCUGACAUCAUGUCUGAGAGCAUAAAUGAGGCCACAUUUUUCCUCUCAUCCUGUCCUGCAACAUUUUCAGCAUAGCUACUUUUAAAAUAUUACAUUGUACACAGUGAUUCUAAUUUUGAAUUUAGUAUACUAUAUUCUUUUUGUGUAUUUAAAGUGGUACAAGAAUAAAAGAAAUAAAAUGGAUAAUUGAUAGCCAAUUUAGAGCUUGACAGAAGAUUGUGCUCACAGUGCUUGGCUUCUAAAUUUUACCAGAUAUUGCAUAAGAAUUGGGGGAAGAUUUAAGUAUGAGGAUUCUAUGAAUUGUACCUUUAUUUUAUUUGAUGUACAGUAUUUUGUUUGAAAGGUAAAGUGGUCACCACAAAUAUUGCAGUGUCAUGGAAUCUCACCAUUACAAGAUAUUUUCCAAAUUUUUGCAAUUGUGCAUUGUGUAUUCUUGAACUCCAAGGACUGCCUUGAAUAUAAGAGCUGGGUCUGUUGUGGUAUUGCUGAGGAUUUUGUUGACAUUUACUAGCAUUCUGUACAUUGAUAUGGAUUUGCUCAUAUAUCACCACUUUUAUCAUGUGAGAAUAUUGAAUUAUUGGCUGGUUGUGACACAAGAAAUCUAAAGGAACAAAAGGCUCUGGCCAAAGAUCUGUUUGUCCUCAUCAUUUCAUUUUAUAGAACUGAUGUGCAUUGAAUCUUUUUUUAUUGACUUUUAAGUCCUGAUUCUGAAAUGGAGCACUGAAUAUGUAUUGAAAAGUAACCUUUUAGUUUCUGGUUAGCUGUGUUAUAUGAAAGUAUAAGCUGGUGUGUGCCUUUGUGAAAUUUGUCUGAUGUUCUUUGAUAUGAGAACAUGAUUUAUUAAUAGCAUGGUCACAAUUAUGUGUAUCAUUAAUGCAAGUGUUAUUUUGGAUAUUAUAAUAUGAAGUAUGUCUCUGUACCUUACUGAAUCAGUGGAUUAUUAUUUGUAUGCACUCUGGACAACAUUCAAUUUUAUAGUACGAGAUAGUUCCACGUUGGCCGAGUGCAUUUCGCGCUCGGCUACCAUUCCUGUGGUCCGAAGAUCGAUUCUCGGCUUGGCCAACGCGGAACGAGAGGAAUUUAUUUCUAGUGAUAGAAAUUCAUUUCUCGAUACAAUGUGGUUCGGAUCCCACAAUAAGCUGUAGGUCCCGUUGCUAGGUAACCAAUUGGUUCCUAGUCACGUAAAAAUAUAUCUAAUCCUACGGGCCAGCCUUAGGAGAGCUCAGUGGUCUGGUAAAACUAAGAUACACUUAACUUAUAGUAUGAGAUGGGACUCGUUAGCAAAUACGUAUGUAUGAUGAAUUAUAAAAAUAAUGGAUUCCAAGACUGAAAAUAUUUUCAAAUUUUUGUGCAAUUAGUGAACAUUUUAAUGUAUUUUUGUGCAAUUAGACUUAAUUACAUGGUUAGCAAUAUAGUGGACCCCUGUAUUCGUAGGGGAUGCAUACCUGACCCCCAAAGAACAGCUAGAACCCGCGAAUAGUUGGAACAAUAUAAAAAUGCUUACAACUGCCUAGUAUUUUGUUAGUUCAAACUCAAGAAAAACCCACUGAAAAUGAUAGUACCUGGUGUUCUUAAUACUUUUAUCACAAAGAGUGCAUUCAAUCGUGGAAUUGCUAUGAAUAUUCAGUAAUUAGUGGAUAGUUAUCAUAGGAAAAUACAGUGAAUACAUGAAUCCUGGGUAUAGAAGGUCUAUAGAGAAAUCCCCAAAUACGUGAGUCUGCGAAUCCGGAGUCCACGAAUAGCGGGGGUCGACUGUAUGCUAUGUACGGAACUUAUGAUUAUUAUGGAUGAUCACAAAUUCACUUUGGAUAAAAUAUCACUUGCCUUUUCCUGAAAGGUUGACCCACUCCUCGCAGUAUGAUUUCAUCUUUUUGUGGUUGCCUUUGAAUUUAUGUUAAUUUAUGGACAUUUGUUUACCUACAACAUAGUUCUGUGAGAAUUUUCCUGUAUACUAAAGACAUUUUGCAAAUGGUUUCUCCAAAUGAACAAAUAUAAGACCCUGUUAAGAUUUUUUUUAGUCAAAAUUGAUCAAACCUAACAAAAACAAUUUUCCUUAGACAAAAUGUGAAAGAUAUUUCAGUUAAACUAGUAGUAUUUCAUAUUGAAUUUUUAGACAGCUUUGUUUGGAUCUUAGAUAUAUUUUUUAUUUGCAGCUUAUGUAAUGGUAUAUUUAAGUUUUAUUACAAAGUCUUAGCCAUGUGGAAAAAUAUAAGUAAUUACUAUUGUCACUAUAAUCAUGAGGAAGAAGGAAGUGCUAAAGAAGAAAUAGCAUAAAAAUAUCUCUUCAACAAUCAGGAAGGUUAUUAAGUUUUGUGAAAAGAAGAUAAAAUCUUCAUGCGAGUUAUAUUUAUUUUAAAUUAUCCAUAUAAGUGUGUUGUUUUGUGUAAAGCAUAAAAUUGUUGUGAUGUAUGUUCAUAAUGAAAAAAUGCAUAAUGAAUAUGCAAAAUUGAGAUACAGUAUUAUUUUGGUUAUAUGGCUAGAUUAACAGUAGUUUUGGUCUGAUUUAUAGAAGCCUAUUAGAAAUAAGUGGUUUACAAGUUAAAUCUAGUUUAUUUUUCUUUGUUUAUGGUAUUCAUUUUUAAUAUUAAUAAAAAGUUUAUUUUUGGAAGUAUGACUUCUUAUUGAUGAUGACUUCAUCUCUUGUGUGGAAUGAAAAGUACUUCUGUAUAUAAUGAAAUGACGUCUUAAUAGAAAAAGUACUUAAUUAGUGAUAAAUCUUUUAAUACAAUAUAUACUGUUGUGGGUGAAUGAGAAAGUACUAGGUGUUAUCUUGGUAAGAGCGGUUUAUGUACUACAUAAGUACUAUCAUAAUUGUAAUGCAGGUAAUAGCAUGUAAUGAAGUAAUGACUUCACUUAUUACAUACACAUAUGUAUAUGUGUAGUCUUGUAAAAGUAACCUGCACUGGGUACUUUACUUGUACUUAAAGGGAAAGACAAAUUAAUUUCACGACUACAUUUUCAUUAGUUUAUUGUCAUUGUCUUUUCACAAAUAAAUUAAAAGGUCACGAGUUGAAAUCCCAUCAGAGUCAGGUAGGAAUUUCAUGCUGGAUUUUAUCUGAACUGUAGGUGAAGUUUUCUUUUCUUGUAGAUCAUGCACAAGUAAAGCACUGCGUAUGGUCUUGCUUAAGUAUAUUUGUUUGAAAACAUUACUGUACUUGGUACUGUGUGCUUAAUUAUUGAAGGAGAAUAUGUGCCUAGGGUGUGAUCCACAAUGCAACACCCGUCUCUCAUCCUUGAACUCCCAAUAUUAUUCUGGUGAUCUGGACUAGCUCCCAAUUAAUUGUAAUUUUGUUUUAAGUUGAUCAGGCCGUGAUGAGAUAGGAAUAAAAAAGUUUAAUAAUGAACUUAUGCUGACUUUAGGUGACUUCUAGGUAAAACUAAUUGGCUGGAGGAUUGUCUCAGUUUUGAGAACACAAUUAGUGUAAAAGACAAAUUAUGUAAAGACCAACCAUUUCAGCUUUCUGUUUACCUCUACGUGAUGAAACUUAAUUAUUUUAUACAUCUGGAGGUUAAAGCAGAGCUUUCCAAAAUACAAAAGCAAAGGUAUAAAAGAAUCUUGCAGUGUUAUAUUUAAUAAUGUCUUUAGUUCUCCAGUCCUUACUUUGAAUCGCAAUGUGGUGGGUGGAAAAAAAAGCUGUAGUCUAUAUUUGUUUUUUUGUAUUAGAGAAAGAACUAAAUUGUUGUAUUCCACUAGUGAUGUUCAUUUACUUUUCUUAUACUGUAUAUAGGAUUGUUGAAUGUUACAAAGGUUUAUUUUUCUGUGAUGCUAUUGUGCUUAAUUCACGGUACUUAUCUUUUACUCUUUGUUUUGUACUAGAUAAAUAUAGUGAUAUAAGCAAUGCUUCAAAAUGAUCAAAUUUAAUUACACACUGGGAAGAUCUCUGAGAUCUGUGCUAGUUCAUUUGAAGAAACAAAAACUGUGUUUGGAAAACACAAUAAAGUUAUGAAAAUGUUUAUUACAUAAGAAUGCUGUUUUUUUUUUUUUUUAUUGAAUUCAUGUACAACUUUGAACAUAAAUGUACAUCCAUCCAUAUUUGAGGCUGAAGUAAUUUUUUAAAUAGUGUGCAUAAUAAUUGAAUAUUUGUGAUUUUAUUAAAAGAAAAAUGCAUUUCAA